AUAACAACCAAGUCAGCAUUGGGCACCCCACCAACUGAGUCAACAACCCGAAUAACGCCCCGCACCGCUUUCAAGUUUUGACUGUCCAAUUUUCCCCCCGACCUCUGGAGCCAUAACAAACCACACGGGACGCCUUAAAGUUCCGUAAACAUAGCAACCAAGCUGUUCUCUCUCCGACCCAUCCUUCCCGCUCUCCGCAGCGUCUCGCCCUUCCGGCAACUCAACCCAACCCCUCUGCGCAACCUCCACAACAACCACCGCCCAUCACCGAUCAUCAUGGUCCUCUCCACGCAGACCUACACCCCGACCGAGGAGGCCGAAGUCGCGCAGUGGCUGCAGACCUCGGAGCGCCUGAAGGGCUCCCCCGACGACGCCAGCCCCAUCCUCGACACCCUCAACGCCCACCUGUCCACGCGCACCACCCUGCUGGGCACCAAGCCGUCCCGCGCCGACGUCGCCAUCUACCAGACCCUGGCGCCGCUCGUCCGCGCCUGGACCCCCGAGCAGCGCACCGGCGAGGCCGGCCGGCCGCACGUCGUGCGCCACAUCGACUUUGUCCAGAACAGCCCCGUGUUCGAGCUCGCCGUCGCCGACGCCGACAAGAUCCCCGUCGACCUGGAUCAGGUCCUCUACGUCAAGCCGCCCGUCGACCCCAAGGCCGAGAAGGAGAGGCUGAAGAAGGAGAAGGCCGCAGCCGCAGCCGCUGCUGCUGCUGGCGCUGCAGCCACCGCCACCGCCUCCGCUGGCGCUGUGGCGGGUGCUCUAGUCGACCGGACGAAGGAGGCGGCGGGCAAGGUAGCCGACGCGGUAUCGGCGGCGGUGGCGCCGGCGGCGGCAGAGGGCAAGCCGAAGAAGGAGAAGAAGGAGAAGAAGGAGCGGGCGCCCAAGCAGCCAGCGGCCCCCGCGGCGCCCGCCGUGCUGUCGCCGAGCCAGAUCGACCUGCGGGUCGGCCACAUCCUGAAGGCGAUCAAGCACCCCGAGGCGGACUCGCUGUACGUGUCGACGAUCGCGAUGGGCGACGCGGCGGGGACGGACGACACGGCCGAGCACGAGGGCCAGGUGGUGCGGACGGUGUGCUCGGGGCUCAACGGCCUGGUGCCGCUCGAGGACAUGCAGGGCCGCCGCGUCGUCGUCGUGUGCAACCUCAAACCCGUCAAGAUGCGCGGCAUCAAGUCGUCGGCCAUGGUCCUGGCCGCGUCGCCGCGCGUGCGCGAGGGCGAGCCCGACGACCACAAGGGCCCCGUCGAGCUGGUCGAGCCGCCCGCCGGCGCGGUGGCGGGGGAGAGGGUCUUCUUCGAGGGGUGGAGGGGCGACCCCGAGAAGGUGCUCAACCCGAAGAAGAAGAUCUGGGAGACCUUCCAGCCGGGCUUCACCACCACCGAUGCCCUCGAGGUGGCAUUCGACGCGGCGGUCGUCAAGGAGCUGGAAGGCAAGGACGGGCUUGGCAAGCUGGUGACGGAGAGCGGCGGCGUGUGCACCGUCAAGAGCCUGAAGGGGGCGGUGGUGCGGUAAGCAGCUGACCAGGUGGAUUAACGAGGCUGGGAGGAGAAGAGCUGCGUUCGGGGAGAUACGGUUGGCAUAGAGAUAAAGGAGUCAAGAGACAACUUAUAAAACUGUUGAAGAAGUACCCUGUUGAAGAAGUACCGGGCAUCUGGUAUAUUUGCAAUCGCUAUUUACAGUGAAUCUUAUCGAGUUAACC